AUGCCUGACGUUCUGUUGCCGUUUCUCUGGGACCGAGAAAGAGGCGCAAUGGAGAGUUGUUACAAGUUGUACACAUGGAUCAAUCACACGCUGUUGAUGCUGCUGGUCCAGAUGUUCUGGAAAGUUAGCCAAAUAUCGGACUAUUUUAAACAAAAGUCUGUAGAAGAGAAUAAAUCACAAGGUGCGUUCGUCUUGUCGCCACUUACUAAAGAAUAUAAAUUACGAAGACACAUCAGGUCUAUGUCAGAUGUGCAGAGCAGUACGCCAUAUCGCGUUCCAUUCAGAUCAAGAAAGGGGUUCCAUCCUACUCUUACAUAUGAUUCUGAUACUAGAGCGAGAAGGGUAGCUUCAUACAAUCGCAAGAGGCAUGAUGAAUCUUCAGACUCGAGCGACUACUUCGACGCACCCAAACACUUAAGUAUAGGCCAUAAAAUCAUCAAACAUUCUGACUCCAUGAGGAUACUA